GGCUUGUGUUGUGAUUAGUGUCUUUGUAUUUAGUCCUGCUUUCCCUGUGUUCUCUGUCAGUUCGUUAGCGUCUUUCGUGUAUUCAAGUCAAGCGUUUUUCGUGUAUUCAAGUCAAGCGUUUUUCGUGUAUUCAAGUCAAGCGUUUUUCAUGCCCUGGGUUGUCGUCUUUCAUGUAUCAAGUCAAGCGUUUUUCAUGUCUUGGAUUUCCCUGUCGUCUUUCAUGUAUCAAGUCAAGCGUUUUUCAUGUCUUGGAUUUCCCUAUCGUCUUUCAUGUGUUCAAGUCAAGUGUUUUUCAUGUCCUGGAUUUUUCCCAAACUUAACAUUUUUGUAAAACAGCUUUUGGAAUAAAGCUCGCCUUUUGUUCGUACCCAUACCUGCCUCCCCUUGUUGCUGCACUUGGGUCCUAUUUCCCCAAACCCUGACAAAUACACACUUCAAUUUAAGUGCCACUUAUUCAAGUCAACCCAAAGUCAGGAACUGGGUAAAAAUUCGUCCAAUCAAAGCUAUGUAAGGCAAGGCAAGUUUAUUUAUAUAGCACCUUUCAACACAAGACAGUUCAAAGUGCUUUACAAACAUGAACGAUAUUAAGAGCAUUAAGAAUGUAAGUAAAAGAUAUCCCGUUUUCUCAAAAUGAAUGCUAAGGUGAUACGACCUGAUACGAGGUGACAAGCCCCUGCAAAGUUAUUCUGAUCAUCAUCCCCGUUUUAAUUUUUCAAUAAAGCUUUAAUCCUAUGACUCCUAAGGAAAAAACCUUUAGCAAGUUACGUGUGCUAAAACACGAUACAUUUAUUAUCAAAAGUAUUCGAGUUAAUUUAUUUUAAAAUCUAGUCACAUUUUCUUAAUUUUAAAGCAUGCAAACCCCAAACUGAGUUGCGUAACGGCUUAUUUCCGUUUGUCUCAUGCGUGUGGGUUUUCUUCUUUCCGCUUACUUUUUCCAGUUAGAGUUAACCUCGGAGGUACUUCUGCAACAUGAUUGGCCGGUGUCGUCCCUCUAGCUAAGCGUGUGUGUGCGUCUGUCUGUGUGUGUGUGUGUGUGUGUGUGUGUGUUUGGAGGGGUUUAUAACAAAACUAUAGUCCUGCUCGUGAGCUUUAAACCAUUGUAAACCCAGACGCUUAGCAGCAACAGCAGCAGCAGCAGAAGCAGUAGCCUGGUGGUGUUUAGUUUCUCUGCUCCAACAUGACCUCAGACAUUAACACAGACUUGGAUCUGGAGCUUGAUGGGUUGCUGCAGGAAUUCCAGGAUGUGGUGGAGGAGCUGAAAGCCCCCUCUCUGAGCAAACCGCAUGCUUACCAGCACGUCUUGCAGGAGGCCAAAAGUCGCACGGGGCUGGGAGAAGACAGCGGAGUCGAGGACUCAGAUUACAGCAGCGAAGCUUCUUUGGGAAACAGUUUGAACACCAGCGAGGAGGAGCUUCACACAGCAGGCAUAACGUUGGCACCGAAAGCCAAGCUGGGAGACACAAGGGAACUUGAGAGUUUUAUCGACAUGCUCGACCGAGAACUUGCAGAGAUGUGAACUAAGAGAGAAAGAGAGACACAAAGAUGGAGAAAAGCAGGCCGGGGGCGAUUGACUGGCUACCGCCGAGCAGACACUCAGAUCUACACCAGAGCAGAUCUGAGGGAACAAAUGCUCCACUGGCUUCUUCAGGGGAAAAGGUUAACAUCAGAAAUUAGAAGGGCACUCCAUUCCAAAAUGCAGGAUCCCCCCAGACCCUUGGUGACGCUGCAUCAAUUCGGAAAGACGACGCCCCUACAGCUUCAGAUCAGAGAUAUGCGGCAAAUUCCUGAAACUAGACAAAGCCUCUUUCUGUCUGGAGGUACGAACGAAUGCUCCCAGAAAAUCGAAAGUAUGCUAUUGCAAAAUGUACAUUUCCAAUAAGUACAACAGCCCUAAAUCUUCAGUGUUAUUUAUAUUGUUUAAAGAGGCUGUUCCAAAUUACAGAUGGCACUUCAGUUUUAAAUGAACUAAGGUCCCAGAGGUCCGGAUCAGUGUGUAAUAGGCCAUUAAAAGUUGAUCUGACAUUUCCAGUGUAUAGUUUUUGUUAAUAUUCCUUUUUCUUAUAUAUAAACUGUUGUACAGACAAAUGCACAUAUAAAUAAAGUUCCAUUUGCACUGAAUUACGUAUAGAUUUCCUUUGUUGCUUUACACAUGAUCUGAAACUACAUUUAAAUGUUGUCCCAAAUUGAGUGCAGAGACACUGCUGAUAUUGCUGGCCAUAUUUGAUUGUAAACACACACAAUGUUGAAAGCCUUUCACUUUUCUGAAGAAUACUCCUGACAGUACUGGCAUUAAAUUGUAUUCAAUGUGUCUACACUUCACAAUA